AAAUGGUUCAGUUGAUUUAUGUUAAUUUCAGGUGUUCCCAAGUCGGAGCUAGCGGGUGGUCUUCGGUCAUCCUCUAAACUUCCCCUUACAUGGACGCCCGACGAUUUGCGGCGACACAUUUUGACACUUUUCCCAAGAGUUCGUAAUUUUGUGUACAUGAAAUGUAACCAAGGGAAAACGCUAGAUCCACUUCCGGAUGAUAUAAAACCAGCUGAUCUCCGGAACCUUUUGGGAAGGUCUGGUUUAUACAUUGUGCCUACAGGCCCAUUACUACCAAAGGGAACUGUAGCUCCGGAAGUGGCAAUAGGUUCACCUGAGGCGGCUACAAGUAGCAUGACAACAGUAUCACAUUUACCAGGUACAUCGGCGAUUGUCGGUAAUGUGGACCAGCAAAUGACAUCUAACCUUUCUUCAAACAAACAGUACUGGCUUCCAGUAAGAGUAAGCGGCGAAGAGGUUUAUAACUCGGAUGACGAAUUCCGGAUCACACUGGAUAUAUCUAACUUCAGUCCUGACGAAAUCACGUUAAAAACCAAGAACAGUAGAGUUGUUGUUCAUGCCAAACAUUCAGAAAGAGCUGACGUCAAUGGUUUAGUUGAGAGAGAAUUUAAAAGACAAUACAUUCUCCCUAAGGAUGUUGACCCAAAUGAAGUUACGUCAUCACUUUCAACAAGCGGAAUACUGACACUUAAAGCUCCAAAGAUAAACAAAGAUAAUGAUAAAGAAAGAAUUAUACCUAUACACUUCUCUGCAGAAGAUACGUGAAUCUAUGUAGUUAUUGUUAACAAUAUGAGAUUAUUAAAUCAUUUAUGAUUAGAUAUGA